GUGCGCGGCCUUUCUCUAGUUGCAGCGAGCGGGGGUUACUCUUCGUUGUGGUGCGCGGGCUUCUCAUUGCAGUGGCUUCUCUUGUUGCCACGCACAGGUUCUAGGGUGCGUGGGCUUCACAGCUGUGGCACGCGGGCUCAGUAGUUGUGGCGCACGGGCUUGGUUGCUCCGCCGCAUGUGGGAUCUUCCCCGAACAGGGAUCGGACCCGUGUCCCUCACAUUGGCAGGCAGAUUCUUAACCACUGUGCCAUCAGGGAAGUCCAGGGUCUGGCUUCUUAAAUGGAGUGGAGCUCUGAGAGGCCACAGCGAGCAAACAGCCGGACUGCACACAGGUGGCCCUUGAGCAAAAACUAACAUCGCUCAGGUUCUGCUGAUAACCUCCUCUUUCGUGACAGGCACACUAGUAAUUGCGGGGCCCGCACAGCGACCUUUGUUGGAAACCCAAGGGUGUCCUUUCCCCCCCCCCCAAGGUCCCUGGCCUUGUUCUGCAUACCGGACCCUCCCGACCGAGUCGCGGCUGCUUCCUCCGCGAAUAUCCAGGCGCCCUCUGUGUAGUCCGGGGACACCCCGCAAAGCAGACGCCCCAAAUCUUCCCCGAGGCCCCUCAAACACCGCCUGCAGCCGACCCUCCCCGUGGUGCCCGGGCCUGGGCGGGCCGCACAAGGUGACGUGACGCCAUUGGCCGGCGCGGGGCGAGGGGCGGGGAGGGGCGGGCCUGACGCUCCAAGCCCCCGAGCAGUAGGCGUUGCGGAUGCGUCUCCGGUGACUGCGAGGGCAAGGCACCAGCAGCGGCUUCUGGACAGCGCGAUGAGUGGACGCAGGUAACUUCCGAGUCUGCAGACAACAGCAAAAGAUGAAGGAAGAUUGUCCACCCAGUUCUCACGUGCCGAUCAGCGACAGCAAGUCCAUUCUGAAGUCGGAGCUCUUAAGCCUGCUGAAAACCUACAACUGCUACCAUGAGGGCAGAAGCUUUCAGCUGAGACACAGAGAGGAAGAAGGGGCUCUGAUCAUCGAGGGGCUCCUCAACAUCUCCUGGGGACUGAGGCGACCCAUCCGGCUCCAGAUACAGGAUGACAGGGAGCGCAUGCACCUCUCCCCCGCCUCCUGGGCACCAGGACGCCCAAAGGAGCCACCUCUUCAGGAUGGCAGAGUCACUGCCCAGGAACCAAGCGCUCAGGCCGGACCCAGGGAGGAGAGUUCCAGAGACAGCUCAGAGCCCAUAGAGGAGGACGAGGAGACCCCACAGCUUAUGCGGACCAAGAGCGAUGCAGCCUGUGUGAUCCAGAGGCGGCCCAGGUGCCGUGCCGCCGGUGAGGCCCAGAGGAUCCGGCGACAUCGGUUCUCUAUCAACGGGCACUUUUACAACCACAAGACCUCCGUGUUUACUCCCGCCUAUGGGUCCAUGACCAACGUGAGAGUCAACAGCACCAUGACCACCCUGCAGGUGCUCACCCUGCUGCUGAACAAGUUCCGAGUGGAAAAUGGUCCCAGUGAGUUUGCACUCUACAUCGUUCACGAGUCUGGGGAGAGGACAAAAUUAAAAGACUCUGAGUACCCACUGAUUUCCAGAAUCCUGCACGGGCCCUGUGAGAAGAUUGCCAGGAUAUUCCUGAUGGAAGCUGACUUGGGCGAGGAAGUCCCCCACGAUGUCGCUCAGUACAUUAAGUUUGAAAUGCCGGUGCUGGACAGUUUUGUUGAAAAAUUAAAAGAAGAGGAGGAAAGAGAAAUAAUCAAACUGACCAUGAAGUUCCAAGCCCUGCGUCUGACGAUGCUACAGCGCCUGGAGCAGCUGGUGGAGGCCAAGUAGCCCACCAGCACCUGCCUCUUCCGAAGCCCCCAGCAGCCAGCGCACUCUGAGCACUGGUGGCCGGGCCCUGAUUGUCACACAGAUUGGUCACACUGGCUGAGGAAUCCAGCACCCAUGUUUCUACCUGUCCACCUGCCUAGGUAGCAUAAGUCCCACGUCCCUGGGUCUUGGCUCUAAGGUGAGCACUCACAGUGCCCAGACCUAAGCCUGAGGAGCCAGGAACUUGCUGGGUGGGGUGUGCGUGUGAGACUGGCCUGGGCCGUGAGCAGCCCCGAAGCUGUGACAUGGGCCACUUAUGUAGCUGGAUAGCAUGGCCAGUCCUGUUCACUCCACACGUCUCCUGCUCUCCCAGUGCCCAGCCCAGGACCACAAGCCCUUAUCCUCAUCAAACUCAUGAACCACUAGAGCCCCGUCUGCCCUCGUCUCAUGCUGUCACUCAGAAACUCCGCUGGGUAAAGCAAGGGCUGCUAUCUGGUAUGGGAUGUGCGAUGCUCCCAGCCCUCACUUCACCAUGGCAUCCCUGGCCCUCAAGCCUCUGAUGUCACUCCAUGAGCCUCACAUAGCCCUGUGCCCUGUCAGCAGAGGUCAGUCUAGGAGUAAGACCACCAGCAGCCCAUCUUCUCUCUGCAACACUCACUCUGAGCUUCCUCAGCAAGACCUGAAGGAAUUCUUAUAAGGAGCUUGCUGCAAGAAACGUCAAUUUGAUCACACUGAGGAGGUGACCCGCGUGGCAUUGAAAGGAUGCUUCCAGGGUGCGUGCGAGUCCAGGAGCUGUCCAGGGACUGCCGGCAGUGGCUUGGGAAGGCCGCGCUCUGCCCCGUUGCUGCUCUCCUCGGACACCUGUGUGCCUCCUGCCCUCUCUGGGUGUGCAUUCCUCCCCUCUCAAUACUUCCCAUCAAAGGGUCACCAAGGGAAAAAUGUCUGAGGAGAAAGGGCUUUGAAUUCCCUGGGGCCAGAUGCAGAACAAUUUGGGUUUGUCAGCUGAUGGAAAACUUCUGGGAUGAACAAGAAGACAUUUGCAAAAAUUGUCUAACAGUUUACAUUGGUCAUGUGAGGUAUUUGUCCAAAACAGAGCAAAUUGGAGACCAAAUUCUCCCACUGGGGCCCACGGAUAGUGGAUUUAAAAGGAAAAACUAUAAAGUCUCUCAAAUACAGAAAUUCAAUAUGAGGGAGAUUCCCCCGGUGCCUUGCGCAGCACCCAUAAAGAACAGAGCCUGGGAGCAGCCGUGCCGAUGGAACCCACUGUUCAGGGUGAACUUCACAACAGGAUUGCCCUGACCUGGCGCCAUCUGCAGAGGCAGGCGCAGAGAUGCCCAGGGGAGAUCCGCUGUAGUUUCUGCUGUCUCUGCUCGCCUUUGGCAGCAUAGUUCCCUGGGUACUCAAUACAGGUGUGCUGUAUUGAACUGAAGGAGUUAGGUUCCAGCUUUUUUGUUUUGCUUGUGUGUGUCCACCCUGACCCUCUGCUCUAACCUCUGACACUCUUGUCCCACAGUACGCGUGGCCAAGUUUGGCAGAAGAGCCAAAGCUGAGC